AGUGAAGCCCCACUCUUUCUGGACCCCUCCUUAUUAUUUCGCAAAUGGAUUCUCCAUCUGUUCGGUUUGUUUCAGACUGUUUCAUCAAGCCCCGAAAUGCCGUGGAAGAAUCGAAGAAGCCGAUUUACUUGCCUCCGUUUGACCUCAUGCUGCUCUCCGUGCAUUACAACCAGAAGGGCCUCCUCUUCGUCAAACCUCAAGAGGCAUACACCCAAAAGGACUUCAUGGAGUCCUUCUUGGACAAGCUUAAGGAGUCGCUGGCACUCGCCCUCGUCCACUUUUACCCGCUCGCGGGACGGUUGAAAACUGUCAAGAGCAAUGACCCGCAUUUCUAUACUAUUACAGACUGCGUGAAUAGCCCCGGAGCGAGAUUCAUCCAUGAGACUCUUGACAUGACUGUCUCCGACAUCCUGUCUCCGGUAUAUGUGCCACCAGUCGUCCAGUCGUUCUUCGAUUACAAUCAAGCAGUCAACCACGAUGGUCACGCUAAGUCCCUCCUCUCGAUUCAGGUUACUGAGCUCGUGGAUGGUGUCUUCAUUGGGUGCUCUUUGAACCAUGCCAUUGCAGAUGGAACUUCCCACUGGCAUUUCUUCAAUGCCUGGUCAGAAAUUUUUCAAGCACGAGAGAAGGGUACUUACAAUAAUGCCAUCUCGCAUCCGCCGGUUCUUCGGAGAUGGUUCCCAGAGGGCUGUGAGAUCCCCAUAAAUAUCCCAUUCAGUGAUCCCUCUGAGUUCAUUUUUCCCUAUGAAUCGCCCGCCCUGAAAGAGAGAGUAUUCCACUUUUCCGGAAAAACCAUCGCGCGAUUAAAAGCACAAGUCAACAAGGAGUGCGGGACAAAAGGAAAAGGCGAUGAGAUCUCGUCCUUCAAGUCAUUGACUGCACUCAUAUGGAUUUCCAUCAUAAGGGCGCGCCACCUCCCGGAUGAACAGAUCACAAGCUUCGGGAUGGCUGCAGAUAACCGGCCUAGGAUUCGCCCGCUUGGCCUUCCCCCCGAGUACUUCGGCAAUUGCAUCACACAAGUGAGGGCCUCCACCACCACCGGCAAGCUGCUCGGUGGCGGGCUUGGGGCGGCAGCACAGCUGCUCCAUGUGGCAGUGGCAGAGCACAAUGGCGAGAAGAUCAAUGAGUGGCACCGGCAGUGGCUCCAGAAGCCAUCUUUCUACAACCUACGGUACUUUGACCAUUACAGCGUUGUGAUGGGGGGCUCUCCGAGGUUUAAUAUGUACAGUAACGAGUUUGGGCUCGGGAAGCCUGUUGCCCCUAGGAGUGGGUAUGCGAACAAGUUUGACGGAAAGGUAGUUGCAUACCCCGGACGGGAAGGGGGAGGGAGCGUGGAUCUCGAAGUCUGCCUGCCAGCCAGAACGAUGGCAGCGCUCGAGGCUGACAAUGAUUUCAUGGGAGCGGUGGCGGUUUAAUUGAGUCUUGAUUUACUGAUUGUAGUUAUUACUAAGGGUCAUAUCUUGUGGUUUGAUGCAACAUUUCUGUAGUAUUACUCAUGCUUUCACAUGCAAUCGAUGGAAAUGCAAGUAAUUAACAAGAGAAUGAUCAUGUGCUGUUGGAGUUUC